AGACCGGUUGGGCCGCAUGUGGAUCAUAGACAACGGUCGUAUGAACAUCUUCGACCCGAACCUGCCCCAACUCUGUCCGCCAAAACUCCUCGUUUACGACAUCAGGAAGCGAAGGAUGGUCCGAGUUCACACGUUCCCCAACGACGUGGCUUCAAACAGCACCGCCUUCCUGAACGACAUCGUGAUUGACAGCUCUGCAGACGAUUCGGACGAGUGGUUCGCGUACAUUUCCGACUCCAGCCGCGCGGGGGCGAUAGUGGUGUACGAUUACAAGCAGGACAGGUCACACAGGUAUUAA